GCACCCCUGACCUCCUCAACAUGGCUGCCAGCUUUCUGUUUUCCCCCCCCCCCCCAAUUUAUCUCCAGAAAUCACAACACUGUAACCGGACGUGUUUCGCCCUCACUGCAGCACUCUAUCUGCUGGUUCACCCUCGCUACGCCGGCCUGCUCGGUUCUAGAGCGAGAAAGGGGAAUCCCUUUGCCACCUUCUCAAGAUGGCCGCCAGCUCUUCCUCCCCAACCCCCCCACAAUGGCGGUGGAAGCAGGGAGGCGGGGCUCGCCCCUCCCAAGAUGGCGGCGCCGAGGGACGCGACGUUGGCAGAGGGGCCGCGCAGCCUGCAAGCGCUGAGCGCGGCGGCCGUGAGCCGCAGCAUGGCGGCCCUGGAGCCCGACGUGUGGGCGCUACCCGGACACCUCCUGCGGGGGCUCCUGCCGCUGCUCUCCGUGUUCCGUCUGGAGCGAGCCGAGGCUGCUGCGCGGAGAGCAGGACUGUCUACGCAGCCCAUCUGGCGCAAACUGUGGGAUGACGUGAUGAAAACCAGGCCCCCCAACUCAGAGAAUAUACCCUGCUGGAGGAAGAAGUUCUUUGAAACAUUCUUCUCAAACGUUCUUCAUGGUGUCUUGGAUGUUUCCUCCGACUGGCGUCUCAACGACCAUCAUUUCUCACCACUGCUCCACAGCUCACCUCACGUUAGCCAGCUUACUCUGUGCAACAUGCUGCAGGGUGCGGUGGAGCUCGCUGCAGAGCACAACCAAAAAGUUCUUGAGAACCUGGCUGGCUCAUUGCGGAUCCUGAAGUUCCAGCACCUCCUCUCCUCUGACCAGUCCAUCAGGCGCUCACUGGUUUUACUCCUUCACCGGCUGAUUCACCAUGGCUCUGUUAGCCACGUGUCCAUGUGUGCCUGGCCUGUGCCUGACACGCUUCUUCUUGUUCUCAUUUUGAGCAUGAGUGCUGGGUUUUGGCGGUCAGGAAAUGCUCUUACAUAUCACUGCAGCCCGUGUGGUCUUUGCAGUGAGGAGGGCGAUGCUCAAAGCCAGAAGUCAACACAAGAGCAAUCUGAGAAGGGCUGCUGCAGUGAGAGGGAGUGGAGUGAUGGUGAGCACCAGGAGUCCCCUAGAGCUCUGGAGAAGGCCGAUAUGCAAGCAGAGGUGAACGGAUCGGUGGCUGGCACUGGCCAGAACACUGCCCUCUCUGGACUGAACUGUUGUUCUUCGGAGAACCAAGCCUGUGAGGAGGCAAACAUCAAGGUGUCCUGUGACCACAUGAGCAGACAAGGAGGGUCUUCUUACUUCUCAGAACAGCUGUCCCAUCGCUCUGUUCUUCGAAAGUCACGCAGACGGAUGAAAUCUGCAGUAGGGAAGAAACGCCGCUGCCUCAGACGAAGCAGGGGGCUUUGUGCUGACCUGGAUGACCUGUAUGAUUUUGUUUUUACUGUUGCUAGAGAGGACAGCUCAGUGUCAGUUGACCAAAACACUGUAACAGAGGGAGAAAACACUGAUAACUGGACUAGUUCCUCCACAGGAUCUCCGUGCUGUGGCCACGCUGGCUGUAAAAGAAGAGGAUCCACUGGGAUCUUCUCUCUAAAAGCUGCUCAUCGCUUCCGAAGUGUGUCCACGCUGGAACUGUUCUCCAUUCCUUUGACUGGUGACACGUGUCGGACUCUGAGUAACCUGCUAAGUUCCUGGGUGUCUUUAGAAAACCUGGUUCUGUCUUACAAUGGCCUGGGUGCUAACAUCUUCUGCAUCCUCUCGGGGCUCCGGGCCCUCUCCCAACACUCAGACUGCUGCCUCCGUGUGCUGCGUGUGAGCGACGUCUUUUCCCACAUGCCCUGCAUGGAGCUUGUUCGCUGCAUCCUGAGUGUCUUUCCUCGGCUCCACACACUCUCAGUCAGCUUUGACCUCAAAAGCCAACUGGAGGGAAACAGGCCAGAGGGGAAUCCAAGCUGCGGUGAUGCAGAAAUCCCAGAGUGCUGCCUGGAGCAGCUGGAGAUCCGAUUCCCCAGGGAACCUCUGCACACCGCAUUCCUGCUGCCAGUGCUUAAGGCAUCAAAGUCCCUUCAGCAGUUGUCCCUUGACAGUGCCACACUGCCUUCGUCUCUAGAGCUUGGGCUCCUUUUGCAGGCACUCAAAGGUACUCUGCUAACGUGUAGGUAGUAUCACUGUGAUACAUGGAAUAACUUCCUUGCUGCCAUCUCCCAUCCCUGGUGUAUCACUGCUUGUUUGUCAGUUAGCUUGGACUCUGUCAGUGUCUGAUUUAGUUAGCCCUCGCUGGCAGUUCUGCUGUGCCCAGCUUUAGUUUGGCAGUGUUUCCACUGCGCAAGCUGCUGGGGCACAUCUGCCAGCAGUCCUUAGUUGCUCAGGUACCUGAACCUCCUGCAUCUAAACUCUGAGCUCUUGCCACAUCCACGUCUUUUUAGUUUGGAACCAGCUUGGGUGGGUCUGUUCUUUCAGUGCGGAAAUCCUUGGAAUUACCUGAAAAAAGAAAAUGGGUGCCAGCCAUCCCCAUUUCUCUGUUGAACAUGUGGAUGAUUCUGCACAACAGGAUGGUUUCUUUUUAAUUAUCCACAAUCCAGUAGUUUAUCCACGGUACAGUACAGUUUCUGGGUGUUAGCUGUUAGUUACAUCAGUUGUUUUUUG